AGUCUUACUAAAGCAGCACAUUCAGCCGAAUGAAGAAAUGUAUCAAAUGCAAAUUUUAAUUAAGAAAGUCAGAAGUGGUCGGUUGCCUCUUGCUGGCUGUGGAGAUGAGGCGAUUUGUCAGAAAAGACAAAGAAUUUCUGAGGUAAAUGCCACGUAUGAUCACAAGGUGCUGAGCGAUUAAACAACAACAGUGUGUGGGGAACAGAUCAAUUAAUUCGAUGGGUUUACUUCACUGAGAUUGGGCUUGUACGAUUUCCUCUCGCCUCAAAAUCCAACUAUUUUGAACAAAAGGAGUAUCAACAUUUUCACCACCUUUAGCCAAUUAUACCAUGUAGAGGAGAUAAAGUUCACAAGCAAAUAAAAAGUGAAAAUGGGCUGUAACUGCAGCACUGACUAUGAUGAUGACAAUUGGAUCGAGGAUAUGUGCGAACAAUGCAGACUGGAAUAUGAACGAGAACAGAAGCAAUACCAGCAACAAAACUAUCCAGAAAUUCAUGAUCCCCUGGUGAAUUAUGACAUUCAUUCUCCACCAUCUUCUCCCUUUGUAGGUGAUGAUAUAUUUGUUGCCUUGUACAACUACGAGCGAACCCAUGAGGAUGAUCUUGAUUUCAAGGAAGGUGAUCAGCUGAGAGUUCUAAAACGGGAGGGAGACUGGUGGAAAGCACAAUCUUUAGAGACAGGACAAGAAGGCUACAUCCCAUACAAUUUUGUGGCACGGGCACACACGCUGGAGAUUGAAACAUGGUUCUUUAAAGACUUAAGCCGGAAAGAGGCUGAGCGACAACUUCUAACAGCUGGCAAUACCGUCGGUUCCUACCUGAUUCGAGAGAGUGAAACCACCAAAGGUUCUUAUUCAUUGUCUGUAAGGGACUUUGAUUCACAACAAGGAGACGUGGUAAAGCACUAUAAGAUUCGUUCUUUAGAUAAAGGAGGCUAUUACAUCUCACCCCGGAUAACCUUCAAUACUCUUCACGAGCUGGUGAAGCAUUACUCAUAUACCACGGAUGGUUUAUGUCAGUGCUUGAAGAAACCAUGUCAGACUCAAAAGCCACAGAAGCCAUGGUGGCAUGAUGAAUGGGAGGUCUCCCGGGAGUCGCUGAAAAUGGUGGAGAAGUUGGGAUCUGGGCAGUUUGGAGAUGUUUGGAUGGGUUAUUAUAACAACUACACCAAGGUUGCCAUUAAAUGUUUGAAGACUGGAACCAUGUCUCCUGAGGCUUUCUUAGCAGAAGCCAAUCUAAUGAAGACUCUGCAACAUCGCAAGCUGGUGAAACUCAACGCUGUGGUCACUGAGGAACCAAUUUUAAUCAUCACAGAAUAUAUGGCAAACGGUAGCCUAGUUGAUUUUCUGAAGACCCCUGUAGGAUCUAAACUCAGCAUAAUAAAGCUCAUUGAUAUGGCAGCACAGAUUGCUGAGGGAAUGGCCUUUAUUGAAAGAAAAAAUUAUAUCCAUCGAGAUCUUCGUGCAGCGAAUAUCCUGGUUUCUGAAGAACUCUACUGCAAGAUUGCUGAUUUUGGUCUGGCCCGUCUUAUUGAAGACAAUGAGUAUACAGCAAGGGAAGGAGCUAAGUUCCCCAUCAAGUGGACAGCACCCGAAGCCAUCAACUAUGGCACAUUCACCAUCAAGUCUGACGUCUGGAGUUUUGGAGUGUUACUUACAGAAAUUGUGACAUAUGGACGGAUUCCAUAUCCAGGAAUGACCAACCCUGAAGUCAUUCAGAAUUUGGAACGGGGCUAUCGAAUGCCAGCCCCUGAAAACUGCACAGAAGAACUAUAUGAAGUAAUGCUGCGUUGUUGGGGAGAGAAACCUGAAGAUCGGCCAACUUUUGAAUAUCUGCAAAGUGUAUUGGAAGACUUCUUCACAGCCACUGAAGCUCAAUACCAACAACAGCCUUAGCAGGGCCUCAUGCCUUGAUGGUAUAAACAUUACUGAGGAUUAGAAACUCUGAAAAAUAUUGUCUCUGGAAUUGGGUAGCAUGAGAUAGAAAAAAUUCAGUUCACAAUUUGGUUGCCCAACUGUGAGGCAGCUUGGGGUAAUCAGUUUAUCUGGAGGGAUGAUUGCCUACAGCUUGGAUAUUGUUCCUCAUUUUACCAGAGGCAUGGAGAAAAUAAUUAGGAGCUGAUUUUUUUUUUUCAUUGAGGUAGGCGUUUGAAAUGUCUUCAUAUCUGCUCCCAAUUUGGGUAGAUAUAUUUGCCAGGUCUGCAGUAGAAAUUCCAUUUGUAAUAGAUAAACAAGAUUUCUGACACUCUUUUAAUUCUUCUGUGAGAUGUGGGUUUUGCUUGCUGGGGCAGUAUUUAUUACCCAUUCUUUCCUUUCCCUGGAGAAAAUGGUGCUCAGCUGUCCUUGUCAUUUAUUGCAGUCUAUUUGGUAACUAAAUCUGUUCAUUUGGUGGCCAAAUCUGUUCAUUUGGUGGCCAAAAGCAGUUCUGAGGGGACUCCUGGUCUUUAUCUCAUUGAUUAAUUUUAUCAGGAGCACCAGCUUGGACCCAUUUAAAAGACUUGUUCGAGAGCUCCUUUGCAAAUUUUUCAUUGAACAAUAUCAAUAGCAAUAAUCUAUCAAACACAAUCAGAAUGUUGGUUAAUUGCAUGAAACUUGCCUUGUGCUUAAACCACAUCCUAGUAAAUAUUAAGCUCCUUUUGCAGGCUAUCUAUUAGGUAAAAUAUAUGCUGCAAAGGAUUUAGCAGCCAAGUGUCUGACUUGGAUUUUCCAAAUGAAGUACUUAGCUUUUAUUGCAAUUACUCUAGGGGUCCAACAAUUGUUCUGUCAUCCAAUUGCUUUCAGGCAUUGUCCCACCUUCAUUGAGAAUAGCUGUAGAUACUGAAAGGAAAAUCAAAUUCUUCAAAAUAUUCUAUUAUGUUCUGAAGGCCCUGGGUCACCAUUUUUUUAACUUAAUGUAGCAUUCUGUAUGAAUGAAAUCUUUCAAUUGAAAUAUUUAUGCUACAUCAUCUUAAUUGUUUUAUGAUUGUUCUUUUGAAAUAAUUUUUAUGGUUUUUAUUUUUGUUGGUCUUUUAGAAUCAGUUAAUUUCUAAUAAUAGGCUGCCACAUGCAGUAUCUAUCCAGACUGUUCCCAACCAGACCAGUAGAGAGAACAGCCUUCAAACAUUCCAAUACAGACCCAGAGUCAACUGGUUAGGCAGAAGGUCAGAAAUCUCUAGUGGAAGUUAUGCCACCUCUUCAUGUAUAUUCUUCAAUGAAUGAUAUCGGCAUUGUUAGUAAAGCCAGUAUUUCGCUUUUUCCUUGAGAAGGUGGUGCUGAGUUAACUUUUUAACCACUGUAGACUGUGUGAGAUAGGGACACCCACUGUGCUGCUAGGAAUUGAGCUAUGGAGAGAGACUGAAUAGACUGGGGCUACUUUCCCUGGAGCAUCAGAGGCUGAAGGGGGACAUUUUAGA